AUGUCUCUCACUUCUGACUCGUUUCGCGAAAUUAUAAUGGAAAGACUUGAAGCUGAUCUUGUUCAAGUCGAAGACAUGUCGGGAGGCUGCGGACAGGCCUUCGCCGUGGUGAUAGUCUCCUCGAAAUUCAAAGGAAAGAACAAGUUGAUGAGACACAGACUUGUCAACACUGCUCUCAAGGAGGAAAUUGCGGCUAUACAUGCGUUUACGCAGAAAGGUUUCACCCCGGAGGAGUGGAAAGCACAGGGAGGUUCCUUGUAA